AUGAACCUGGAACUCAGAAGACAAGUGAUCAGCAUAUACAAAGAGCUGCUGGAAAUGGGCAAGCACUAUCCGCUGGGCUAUGACUAUUUCCGACCCAGAUUGCACAAGGCAUUCAUGUCCAAGGCUCAUCUGACAGACGAGGAGCAGAUACGGCAAGGUAUUAAGCGAGCAGAAUUUGUGAAGAAGGAGAUCGAGGCGCUCUACUUCCUGAAAAAAUACCGCUCCAUGAAGCAACGAUAUUCCUGA